GCAGCCAGCAUGUGUGCUGCUGUUACUGCUGCUGCCGCCGCCGUCGCUGCCCUUUGAUCCCUGCAUUAGUGUUAGUUAGGGCUCGGAGACACCCAGAGAGCAGCCAUCGACACCACCGCUCUGCAGCUACAUCACCUCAGCCUCUCUCCACAGCCAUUGCUAGCAACACUGACUCCGGCCGACAGCUACCCCUAAAGAGCAAAACAGCAAGUCAGCUACACAGUUCAACACCAAAAGCUCUUUUUUAUUUUAUGUGAACUACCUAUAAUCAAGAAGGAGAAUGUGAAAGGGGAAAAUGCCCAGGAGAAAGCAGGAGCAACCCAAGCGGCUGCCCUCACAUGCUAAUAGAGAAGAAGAAGUGGAAGGGGAACUCAGCACAGAAGAAGACUGGUUUGGGAAUACCUCUGAGUCAGUGUCGGAAGCCUCUUAUGGGGAACUGCAGGAAACCUUUAAGGCAGCUGGUGAAGACAGCCUUCCAGAGCAGUCCACUUCAAGUGAAGGAACCCUGGGCAAUGUUACACCUGCUGGAAACUCUUUAGAUUUGUUGUGUAUUGCUAGUGAGGGUCUGAGUGAAACACAUAUCCAUUUCUCAUCUUUUUAUGGGGAUGGCAUUCAAGGUCUAAACAGGCCACUGAGCAGCAACCUUAGGCGCUUACUAGAGGCUGGUUCUCUCAAACUAGACACAGAUGUUGCUGUUGCUAGUGGAGGGGACUCCGCAAUAAACCAGCUUUCAAGUCUUUCUGCGUCCCCAUCUGCACAUCAUGCACAACAGUUAAGUGCCCUUGCCAGAAAACUGGCAGUAAAACAGGAACAAAAUGAGCAGCAAAUAGUGAACAACAGCCUGGUGUGGAGCCAUGGACAGUGGUUGCAGAAUUCAGCAUCCUGCAGUUUAUCACCUGACUCUGCCAUUCUGAAACUAAAAGCUGCAGCAAAUGCAGUCCUGCACGACAAGUCACUUUCUAGGACUGAAGAACCCAUUAAAUUUGAAAACUUUUCUUCCCCUUUUAGCCCUCAGUCUGCUAGUUCCACUUUAGCAGCUUUGUCAAAAAAAGUGAGUGAAAGGAAGGUGACUUCUGGACAAGACCACCAGCCCCUUGGAGGUCCUUUUCUCUCCCUGGCUUCAAUGACUUCAUCAGCUGCUUUACUGAAGGAAGUUGCUGCCAGGGCAGCUGGAAAUCUGCUUGCUGACAGGAAAGAACAACUAGUCCCAAAGGAUACUCUACAACAGCCAGAUAGGACACCAGACAAAACCCCCAGUUCUCAGUCACUGGAACUCUUAUUGCUACCAGCUUCUAAAGGGAGAACACUGAAGACUACGUCUCAAGUUUCAGAAGAAGAAGGAGGGAAGCCUUUUCAAUGUCCAGUCUGUGGUUUGAUUAUAAAACGGAAGAGUUACUGGAAAAGGCACAUGGUAAUCCAUACCGGACUGAAAAGCCACCAAUGCCCUCUUUGCCCAUUCCGAUGUGCACGCAAGGAUAAUCUUAAGUCCCAUAUGAAGGUCCACCAGCACCAGGAUCGAGGGGAGACGUUCCAGUGUCAGCUGUGCCCUUUUACCUCUUCUCGCCAUUUCAGCCUGAAACUGCACAUGCGCUGCCAUCAGCACUUUUCUAGAAUGGAAGCCAAGGUGAAGGAGGAAAUCACUGAAACUGAAAUUGAAGCAACACAGCUCAAUGAAAGUGCUGUGAAGAAAGAAUGUGGGACUGAUCCCUUGGGAGGGUCAGUCAAACUUUCAACCAGCCCCUUACCAACAGUAGGCAGUCGUCGUCAGUCUGUUAUCCCACGACUAGUAAUCAAAGAAGAACCAAGUGAGAGCAAUAUUAUUCCAGCAGUAUCAUUUCAAAUGUGUGCAGAGCAACCAGCAGAGAAACGAACACUCAAGGAUACCUUGGACUAUAUUGCUAACCGACCUACAGCACUGUUCAGCCAAGAUAUCUCUGUAAAAAUGGCUUCAGAGUUGCUCAUGAAACUUUCAGCUGCUAAUCAGAAAGAGCCAUUGUCUCUUCCAACUCCUGUUACAAGCGAGCCAGAGGAUGAAGAAACCACAGGGUCUUUGUUGACGCAACCAGGCUAUGCAGUCAGAUUGUCAUCUGAGGCAUCAGUUCAAAACAUUUCCAACAGCACAUGCAAUACAUCAGAAACAAAGUCUAACUUACUGAGCCAGGACGUAUCUGUCAAGGUCGCAUCUGAUCUACUUAUGAAGCUCUCAGCAGAAAGAAUCAAGGAGAGUGAUACCCUGUGUGUUAAAAUUAAAGAAGAGCCAAUGGAUAUCCAGAUUUCUGAGCCCACAGAACCCUCAUCAUCCCCUGCUCCUGCAGUUAGUUUUAACUGCUUGCCAAGUCAAGAGAAAAAGGAUCAUCUCCUGCCAGUUCCUGCUGAGGGACAAGUGAUUCCAGAACGGAAUCUUUUUAACCAGGAUAUCUCUGUGAAAAUGGCAUCAGAACUGCUCUACAAGCUCUCAGAAAAAGUAAACAAGGGCACUGAUCAGUUUUCUGAAGGCAUAAUAUGUAAUUCAAGCAGCCCUUACUUGUAUGAAGACAAUGCAAGACAAUCACCUUUCACUUCAAAUUCUAAAGAUAAUCUUCCUCAUGAAACAGGCCUUCAAGGACAGGCAUUCUCACCAGGGAGGAAAUACAAAUGCCACUUAUGUUCCUAUGCUGCCAAAUGCCGUGCUAACCUGAACCAACACUUGACUGUGCACUCAGUAAAGCUGGUGACCUCAGAUACAGAGGAAAUUGUCAGUGCUGUGGGAGAAGAAAGUGCUGACCAAAAGAGUCAUCCCUACUACUACAGCUGUCAUGUAUGUGGAUUUGAGACAGAGCAGAAUUUCCCUUUUGUCAGCCACAUGUCCCUACAUGUUGACAAGGAGCAAUGGAUGUUCUCUUUGUGCUGUAGUAGCUGUGAGUUUGUGACUAUGGAAGAAAGUGAGAUGAAGGCUCACGCAACAACCAUGCACCCAGCUGAGAAACAGAAUGUUAUCUCAGAUGAACACAACAGCACUUGCUCAUCCUCACUAUCUGCAGAUUCUGUUAAUGGUGGAGAGGACACAGAUUCAUCUCAAAAGAGUAAGGACCUUAGUAGUGAAUUAACAUCACCUUCUGCUUCUGCUGCCCAGCCUUCUCUCAGCACAGAAGAUAAAACAGAAAAAGGGUUUGAAUGCAUUUUUUGCAGUUUUGUCUGCAAGGCGAAGAACAUGUUUGAUCGGCAUUUGCAAAUCCAUCUCAUUACCAGGAUGUUUGAGUGUGACAUUUGUCAUAAAUUCAUGAAGACACCAGAACAGCUGAUGGAACAUAAGAAAUGCCACACUGUCCCUACUGGUGGGCUGAAGUGUCCUUUCUGCAUUUAUUCCACAAACCGUCCUGCAGCCCUAGAGUGUCACUUGAAAACGCACUACAAAAUGGAAUACAAAUGCCGGAUUUGCCAGGCAGUCAGAGCCAAUCAGUUGGAACUGGAAGUACAUGUCCGUGAGCAUCGCCUUGGGAAUCAUUACAAGUGUGAUCAGUGUGGCUAUCUUUCGAAAACAGCCAAUAAGCUCAUUGAGCAUGUACGAGUCCAUACUGGUGAGCGGCCUUUUCACUGUGACCAGUGCAGCUACAGCUGCAAGCGAAAAGACAAUCUUAACUUACACAAGAAGCUAAAACACGCUCCUCGUCAGACCUUCAGCUGCAGUGAAUGUAUGUUUAAGACCACACAUCCUUUUGUAUUCAGCCGACAUGUGAAGAAGCACCUGAAUGGAGAGUAUCCAGAGGAGGAGAAAGGUCAAUCAUCAAUCACAUUUGAAGCCACAUCACCCAUCGUUGCUUCAAAAGCCAGAAGUCUUUUGUCACCUCUUUCACACAUGACAGCUUCUCAAGCACUGCAGACUGUAGCAAUGUCAGCAACACAAGGUGGCAGGGCAAAAUCUGAAUCAGCACUUAACGUUUUUACUUUGAAUGGCACUUCAUCACACUUUGAUAAUUACAGAAACUGUGAUUUUGCUCACCUCAUUCCUUUGACAUUGCUUGUCCCAAGGAACCAGUUUGAUACGACAUUCCAUGCAGCUACACCCCAGACUGCACCUUCAGAAGCUAGUUCGCCGAAACACUCCUUCUUGGCAUACCUUGGUCUGACUGAAAAGGUAGAAACCGCGUAGGUGUAACAUAUAUUCCUGUGCUGGAACUUGAAGGAUGCAUAUUUAAGCCCCACAGAUAAGGAAGCACUGGAACUCUGUGCUGCACUGUCAGUAGUAUGCUCUGACAGCAGCUGCAUAUGCUUUAUUCAUUUACAUAGAGGCUACUUUUCUAAAGCCUAAGAAAGGUGACCUGUUGCAGAUACUUCAGUUUUUGCAGUGGCAUGUUGCCAGUACUGUAAAUAUCAAUGAUACUGUGUAUUAUUAUUAAUGUUUUGUCUUUGUGUCGAUUACUUUUUCUCCCCAGAUAUCAUUCUGUGGGUUGAUAGACAAGUAUUUUGAUGGCAGAGAGGACUUGUGAAGCAGGCAGUAAAGCUCCAGUUCUUUUUCUUUAAAGUACCCUGUACUUUCAAAAGAACAGUUUUGUAAUGUACUUGAAAAAAUAUUUGAACUGCAUAUCCCAGUUUGCUAUGAAAGUGGAUUGUUUUGGCAGGUUUUGUGCACUUAAAUAUUUAAUUCUUUUUAUUUUUGUUGAAUCAAAAGUAGAAUUGUCCACAAUUCUUCAAGGCACUUCUGUUGUAUCAUGAUCUUACUUUUUGUCAGGUCAUUUUGUGCAGUUUUGCAUUAUUUUAUCCUUGUUUUUUUAAUGGAAGGAGACCAAGUCUUCAGUAUUUCCCUUAAUUUGAGUAGCCACUGAAAAAUGCAACUCAAAAUGUAUGAGUAUAAAAAAAGCUGAAGUCAGACAGGACAACUAGGGUCAUGAAGUCUGUCUAAAACUUUAACAAAAACUAAACGAGUGGAAUGAGCAGCCGAUAAAGAACGACUUUGUUGGUGCAAAUGCAUUAUUCUCUGCCUUUUGUUUAUAUUUAGCACUUCAUGCGAGUUGCACUGCUAGAUGUGAUGGACUCACACCAUUCAGAUUCAUGUAAUGUAUACUCUUUUAUCUGAUUACUUCCAGCAGUAGUCUGCUAAGAGUUACUGAACCUACUUGGUAUAUUGACUGCUUACUAGUAUACAUACUUCUUGUGUGCCAGGAUCAGGUACCUCAGUAAGCUGUUUUACUCUUAGUUAUCCUCCCCAGCUCAAGCCAUUGCAUUGUUAGGGACUGUCUUGCAAAGGUAGUCAUUCAUUAGCAGAUCUUGCAUCUACGUUGUAAGUGGUCUAAGCAGCCAAUCAUUUAGGCUGAUCUGUUUCCUGCCUUGACCAAGCAGCAGAACCCUUAAUUAACUGCAUUUAUUACUGUCUGCAUGGUUUCCAAGGUGUAGUGCUCAGACUUAAGAUCCUUCCUUUCUGUAAGAUGGGAGGGGCCUCCCAAUAAUACGUAACAUGUUUUUUUUUUUUUUUAAUGAUUAGUGCACUGCAAGAAGGGAGGCUUAGAUCUUCAAAACUUGAGAAUAUAUAGUGUGCACCACUGAGUGCAGUGGAAAAUGUUAAAACCUGGUAACCUGUGGUGUUUCUUUAGUGGGAAGCUAAGAGGGUGUGAGAAAAAUCACACGUGAUGCAGUGGUUAUUUGCAUUGUGAGAGUAAUGUAUUCUCAGUACAUAUUCCAUGAGGUUUAGAAUCCAGACAAAAGAUAAGUUAAAGACUCAAUUCUGGGCACAAGUGCUCAGGCUAAAACUAAGGCAGUUUUGCACAGUGCUUAAUUCUUGCACUAGUUUUUGUUUGUCAUUGAAAUAAUGUUUCCUAUGAAGAAACAAUGGAUUGAUUAAUGAUUAUGUAGUAAAGUUUAACUGAUGUUUUCCAGGAAGUUAAUACUUUUUGAGUUGUACAGAGUAAGCAAAAGUUAACUAGUUUCUAAGCUGUUCAUAUAAUUCCAUGUUUUGUAUCCCAAGAUAAAUACAUGUUUGCUAGUAACUAUGGUAAUGAUGGUUGUGCUGAUUUGUAUCCUACCUGUUUGAAUCCUGGCCAGUUGUGGUGACACCUGCCAGUGGUGUACACCUGUAAGGGACUCUUAUUUUAUUCUUCUUGAAUAUUCUUCUUGUUAAAAUGAUGACAUGUUUUCAUCAUCUAGAAGCACUUUAUUGCAGUACCCAAAAAGUGAUUGAUUGAUUAGCCAUGAAUCAGACCUGCCAACAUUUCAGAGGUCAAGGAGAUGAUGGUUUGGGCCAUCUCAUGUUGAUGCUUUUUUUUUUUUUUUAAGUCAUCUGUAAUAAAUUUAAACAUCAGAAUGACAGAAAGGCAAUAUGUGGUCAGCCUACUUUAUCUCCUGCAGUAGACUUUAGGUUACAUGAUAUGAAGCUAGCUCUGAAGACGUCACCGAAUACUUACACUCAGUGUGUUCAUACUACCUUGCAUUACUACAGUAAGUGCUUGGGUUCUGCAUUUGUUUGCUUAUAUUUUGUUGACAAGCAUAGUGGUGUUUUAUUGUGUUUUGGCAAUCUUGUUUAGCACUUUGAAAGAUGCAUGACAUUAUUAAUUCCAAUAUAUAUAUAAAUAUAUAUAUAUAUAUAUAUAAAUAUAUCUAUAUUAAUUUUUAUAUAUUUUGUAAGAGCAAAGCAUAUGGAAAUUUUGUUUUCAUAGAAUACUUGUCAGUGCCUCAGAAUAUGAUAUUCAUUUAGACUGUAUCAUCAGAACAGUAAAACUGUCUGUUCCAACAAAUUUAAAGAACUUUAUGGAAGGUGGGAGCUGUGUUUCCACUAUUCAUUUGUAGAGUAUUUGUAAAUCCACAACGUCCUGACAGUGUUUAUAAAAAUUCCUUUGUAGGCAGUUUGUUGCCAAAAAGUAUUUAAAUUUGUAGGAACAAUGCAAGUAUUUUCUUCUCUAUCUUGAGCUCUGUUUUUUUUUUCAUUUUUUCUCAGUAUUCCAUACUAGCACUUAAAUGGAGAAUGUUUCUAUUAGGGCUGCUUUCUGGCAAGUUUCACCCAUGUCAUAGCACAUUGCAUGUUUUUUGUGCAGGCUAUGUCCCAUUUUCAAAAUGCUGUAUCAUUUCAUUUUUUACAUCUGUACCUUACCUGUUUUGCCAUAAUGGCACCUAGUUUCUUUAUUAUAAUGAUCAGAAUGUUUCAGUAUUGCAGCAUAUGAUGCAGUAAGUGUCCCUGCACUGUCUUUUCAUUGUUUCUGUAGAUUUAUUUUUGUUCUUAUUUUAAAGACUAUAUCUUCAGCAGUUGUACUGUUUGCACCUGGCAUUUCAGACACAUUGUACUAUGUAAACAUUUCUGAGCAUUAUCAGGCUGUACAGGGUCACUUUGCCAAUAACUAAUGGUUAGUUACAGAUUUUUUUCUGUUGUAUUGCCAAUUACCAUGUAACUUGUUUGAAAGUUUAAUAUACUCUAAAUAAAAGUAUAACUUUUGUUGACUACACUCCUUGCAUUAAAUAAUUGCAUACUGCUGCUUAAUAAAUGUGGAUUUGGAUAUUUCA